CCCGUUCUCAUUUUUUUAUAGGUGAUACCUGCUAAGCGCGCCCCGCCUACCCGGAGACAGGGAGGAACCUGGAAAAUCUCACGUGAGGGGAAGCGCAAGCGAGUAGGCUGGCCAAGGAGCAGGGCCUUGGCCCAUGGUCUCAUAGAGCCUGGCCUGUUCUGGAAGAGCACCCAGUUUUUCCUUCUAGGCUACCCAAGCCCCAUUGAUGAUGGGUGAGAGGGAGGAGGACGACGACACUGAGGAAGCCUGGCUGCAGCUGCGGCCCAUGGAACCCCUGCCCUCCCAGUGCUGUGGCAGUGGCUGCUCACCCUGUGUGUUUGACCUCUAUCACCGAGACCUGGCAAGGUGGGAGGCAGCCCGAGCCAGCAAGGACAGGAGCCUGCUGCGUGGGCCAGAGUCACAGAGCUGCCCCUCCAAGCUGAACCCGGAGACCUUCGUGGCCUUCAGCAUCAGUGCCGUGGACAGACUCACUAAGGACACAUACCGUGUCCGGUUUGCUCUACCCGGGAACAGCCAGCUUGGCCUGCAGCCUGGCCAGCACCUCAUCCUACGAGGGAUAGUAGAUGACUUAGAAAUUCAGAGAGCCUAUACGCCCAUCAGCCCUGCCAAUGCAGAAGGAUACUUUGAAGUGUUAAUUAAGUGCUACCAGAUGGGGCUGAUGUCCCGGUAUGUUGAGUCCUGGAGAGCAGGAGACACAGCUUUCUGGCGAGGACCUUUCGGAGAUUUCUUCUAUAAACCAAACCAGUAUGGUGAGCUCCUCAUGCUGGCUGCGGGCACGGGCCUGGCCCCCAUGGUGCCCAUCCUGCAGAGCAUCACAGACAAUGAGGAUGACGAGACUUUUGUCACUCUAGUCGGUUGCUUCAAGACCUUUGAGAGCAUCUACCUGAAAACCUUCCUCCAAGAGCAGGCCUGUUUCUGGAACGUCCGUACCUUCUUUGUACUCAGCCAGGAGAGCUCCCCAGAGCAGCUUCCCUGGAGUUACCAAGAGAAGACCCGCUUUGGCCGCCUGGGCCAGGACCUAAUUAAAGAGCUGGUCAGCUGCUGUCGGAGAAAGCCAUUCGCACUUGUCUGUGGCUCGGCUGAGUUCAACAAGGACAUAGCCAGGUGCUUACUGUGCGCAGGCCUCACUGAGGACUCCUAUUUCCUCUUCUAGCCCUGGCCUCCCUUCCAAAGCCUAGGCCAUGGGCCUGCUACUGGGACCCAGGAAGGAGCACAGACUGGAAUCAGAAGACAUGGAGUCCAGGCCUGGUCCUGCUGCUCAUUUGCCAGGUGACCUUGGGCAAGUGUCUUUACUGCUCAGAACCUCUACUUCUCAUCUGCCCCAUGAGGUUAAUCACUCCUCUGGCCUCCUACUAUGUGGAAAGAGGACAGGCUGUAGGGACCCUGAGGAAGCGAGCAACCAGCCUGGGAGUCAGGGAAGACUCCUCAGAGGAAGCCAAGUCCAGGCUGAGCCCCAGGAGGAGUAGGAAUUGGGCAGGGGAAGAUUCAGGAGGAGCUUCCCUGGCCUCUCCGAUUAGAGGAUCUAAUGGGGGCUCCAGCUGUGGCCUCAGCACCAUCUCAGAUUAGGGCUUCCCGAAUGUGUAGGGAAGGACCCAGGAGAGGCUAAAAGCUCUUUGGAGGAGAAUUCUACCUUUCCUCCUGUGCCAUGAGCCUGACACAUGAAGGUCUUGGGUUCUAUGACUUCACCAUGUCCUGAGAGCAAGGUGGGGCCCUGGACUGUCUUUGUAUUGGCCCCAAGCCUUUCCUGCUGUGAACAGCUUCAUUCUCAGUCCCCUUUCCUGGCUCAAGAAUUGAAGAGGCAAUUCAAAAGAAGAGGCACGGGAAGGAAAUGCCCCUCCCUCCUUCUGCAGGCAGCCACUCAGCCUGUGCCUUCAGCUCGGUGCCCUGGUGACAGUUGCUAUGGAGAUCUAAAGAUAGAGCAGGAGUCAGGAGACCUGGGUCCCUCUCCCAGCUUGUCCCACUGAGCGGCUGCCAAUCCCGGUCCACCCACCCCAGGAACCCGGCACCCCCAUCCCAGGAACCCAGUGCCCCUGGGCAGUGCACUGCAGUUAAUGAAUUCUGCUUUCCACAGCCUGGGCUCCAGCAUGCUGCACCAGCUUGGGCUAACUACAGGCAGUCCCAGAAUUGGAAUACUAAGCCAUGGAAUCUUGGAGUUAGAUGUUUAUAGUCAUAGAAGUGUACUCCUCACCAUAUCAAAGCUGAAAGUUCAGGACUCUAAGAAACAUACAGUGUGACAGACUUAUCAUAUACACGGGAAACUGAAGCCCAAUGAGACUAAAUGACUUGCCCAGGGUAAAACAGUCCAUGGCAGAGCCAGCACUAGAAGCCUCCUAGCUUCAACCUCAUGUGCCAGUUCGGCACCAGUGGUUUUCAAACUGCACUCCACAGGAAACAAGCGUUCUUUGCAUAGCAGCAGUGAAAGGACAGCUCCAGAUGGAUCCCCAGGCCCCCCUUCAACCAGAGCAGUUCCGUUUUCAUCCCAUUUGUAUAUUGGGGUUUCGAAGUAUUUUCAUUUGUAGAAAAGGAUUUUCCUAUCCUGCUCAGAAAAAUGGCAACAAAUCUCUCUGCUGUGUCACAUUUAAUAAAUAAUUGUGACACACAGCUGGGGGAUGGUGCCGGAGGUUUCAAACUGCUUCACAGGCAGAGUUCCAGGGUCAGAGAGCAUGGAGUGCUGUGUGUGACCUUCUCCCAGAAGCGUGGGCACAGGAGCGUGUUAAAGGCCUGAAAAGACCAGUGGCAAAGAAACUCCUUUCAUUUUGUCUAACCCAGAGUUUCUCCAGCUUAUUUAACUUUAGAACACUUUUCUAUGGGUUUCGUAGCCUCUUUCUAGCACAGCAUAAUGAGCGGGAAAGGCCCUGACUGAGAGUCAAAGAUUCUGAGCAGGAACCGUGAUCUCUUCCUGCCUAGCCUGUGACUUGAGCAAGACACUUUUCCUCUCCCCGGACCUCUGAGGUCUGCGAUUUUCCCUCCACCCUUUCCUCUCCCUCAGUUUGCACGUCCUAUUGACUCAGCUGCAAAUAGCGGGGGCCUGUCAGGAGCCUGACUCUGUUCAGACACCAGGGAAACAACAGCACACCAGGCAGAUGCAGUUAUGUCCAGUGCGGAACUUACAGCCUAGCAAGGAAGGCAGAAAUUCAACCUGUAAUUCUAAAAGGGAUAGAUGUCAUGGAAAGGGAAGUGUGGAGUGCUGGGAGAGUGGAUGACAGGGGCUUUAGCCCAGUCUAGGGAAAGGCCAGGGGCACACCACUGCCACCAGGGAUAGAGGCUUCAAAAGCUUCCAAAUCACUCAUAUUGAGAGUGUUGCUGGGCAUGGUGGCUCACACCUGUAAUCACAGCACUUUGGGAGGCUGUGGCAGGCGGAUUGUCUGAGCCCAGAAGUUCGAGGCCACCCUGGCCAACGUGACAAAACCCUGUCUCUACAAAAAAAAAAAAAAAAAAAAAAGAUUAGCCCCGUGUGGUGGUAUGCGCCUAUAGUCCCAGCUACUUUGGAGGCUGAGGUGGGAGUAUUGCUUGAGCCAAGGAGGUCAAGGCUGCAAUGACUGUGAUUGAGCCACUGCACUCCAGUCUGUGUGACAUAGCAAGACCCUGUGUCAAAAUAAUAAUAAUAAUAAAAUCAAAAAGAGUGUUAAGGGGGUCUCCACUUAAGGAGUAGAGAGUUUGAGGCAGUUCUCUUAUCUCUGUCCUUGUCUGGUUUUAGAUGUAUGAUGUUUAGAUACUAGACAAGGCCGCCCAGUGGUAACCAACCUAGAAUGUGUUGGCCUCCUCUUCCCCUCACUCCGUGUAGGUUCUGUACAGCCUGGCUGCUGGUGGGAUCUCUCAUCAUGGGACAUUGGUGAGGACCCAGCCAUGCCCUUGGUGCCAAGAAGCCUAAAGGGCUCCUGUCACCUGGAAACCUGAGGGUACGGGGCCGGGUGCUGUGCCCCACAGGGUGCUGAGCAAGCCCAAGAAGAAGAGUGUGGGGUGUGGUGUGUGAAUUCAGACCUUUUGGAGCUGGGGGCGAUUCCCGUCAGCUGCUGUUCCUUUGAUGAUGCCCACUGCGUGUUGUGAGAGGCGUGACCACCGUGUGAUGUUGCAGUGAGAGAAGGGAGGUUUAGGAGCUAAACAUGAUACACAGACAUCAGGAGGUCAACCAGGUGUCCGCAAUCUAUGAGCCAGACACAGCUCUCUUUGUGCAUGCAUCCCAAGCUUCAGGAAGGCAACAGCUACUAGAGGGCCUGGGGACAGAUUCUUGUUAGCAGAAGUGGCGAUGACUUUAGCUCAACCCUCACCAUGUUUACCGGCGUCGCUUCUGCGUUCCCCUCAU